AUGGCGGACGCGGCAGCAACGGCAAUCGAUCCGCCCGGUGGCAGCGAUGUGCUUACCGGUGGCGACUCGAUCGGCCAGUUUUCCACACUUUUUGACAAGUACGUGUGUACUUUUGACGAACAGGACAAGGUAAAGGAAAUAGACUUGUUCCCUAAAGCCUAAAUCGAUUUUUCGUUUCUUCAUCUUCAAACAUGAGAAGCGUCAGUAUUCUUUGUCUUGUGUUUCAGAUUCAGAAGUGCGAUGAAUUGCUGGAGUGAGAAUGUGAGUAACAUUAUGCCACUGAACGAUCGACGUAGAGACGACAAGUCGAAAGUGAAAGCAGAACAAAAUAACAACAAACCUCAGCUCCGCGACUUCAGAAAGUACAUGGUGGAAAAGAAGAUUACGAAUCUAGUCGUGCAGCUUUACCAGUUCUGCGACAAGGCGAAAAAGAAGGACGAGUACGUCGAGCACGUAGUCCAGGAAUUUCUCAGUAUAAGUUCAACUUGAUUUUUUCGCUUUUUACUUGCGGAGAAUCGAGAAUGAGAAAUCAGCUCCUACUCUUCGUUGAGUGCUUUUCUUUCUUGCAUACAUACACGCAGUGUUUGUGCUGCUUUCCAUGAUCUCUCGCAGUAGCUGAUGUAUGUAUAAUCUGCUCAUUUCUUAUUCUUUCGACCUUGUCGCUCAGGUAGUUACCCCGGUGAGACAGACAUAGAAGUCGACGCUCUACUUGAACAAAGGGUGAAGAUACGGGACAGCAGCGCGAAACUUGCACACGAUAUCCCAAAAUAUGAAAUGAUAGCGAGGGUGGUUACAAAACUGCCAAAAACUGGCGCAAAGGACUGGACAGAGCUGGCAGAAGCUUUUGGUACAUGAAUGUUCAUGCUCAUGCUGUGUAAUGCCUAACUGUUCCUUUUGUUUUUCGAGUUACGAUAAACCUGUCGGGUUCUUCAUGUGCUUCAACAUUUGGUUUACAGUCGCUACAUAGGAGAGCCCCAGAAUGUGAAUGAAUAGAUUCAAAUUCUUGAAGAUGCAAAAACAAUGCAGGCGACGCAGCCGCUGCCCCAACAGGAGAGGACGGUGCUGCUCCGGCGUUUCCAUUUGAUUCGAGGAAAGCCUUGAUAGAAGCACUCGAGAAGAUACCAGCGUCCGACUGCGGUACCCCAGCGGCAUUGCUUGCAAGUCUCAGCGCGCAGUCGGCGGUUGGUGGAUGAAAACGGAAUGAAAAAUAAAUGCUGUUGCACCAUCAUCACAUUGAAAUGAAUCAUCGUUGACAAACUACGGAAUUUGCAAAUGAACCAGAUGACGGACAGACAGCGAAUGAGUACGCCAUUUGCAGCAUCUUUUAUUUGCCCAUGGCGUAGGUCAUGUUGUAGCGGCAUGUUUGUGUUUCUGUUUGAGG